UAUAGUGGGAGAGUGAGGGAGAGAGAGGUGGUUACGUGGAGCAGCACCCCACUUCAUCAGGCAGCAUACGGCAGCCCUGCAGUGCGAUCACACAAUAUGGGAAUGGGGCUAUGAGAUCGAGAGCAAGAGAAAGAAAGCAGAGAGAGACGAGAGCGAGGAGGGGGGAGUUAAAAAGAAGAGCUUGAGGGAUUUGCUUGGAUGAGAAGGGGGGAUGAUCUGAGUCUGUUGCCUGUCGUGGAUGUGGGAAGGACGUGGCAGCAGUGGCUGAGGUUGAGGCAGAUCUGUGGUCUCCUGUGUAAGAAGUAGCCGGCGUCAGGACGUUAUGCCCUGUGAGCAGUGAGGGGUAGCGCGUGUGAGCCAGGAGCAGCUGCUGUGACUGCAUCUGCGCUGCCUGCAUGUCUCAGACAGGCAGGGGAUGCAGCAAACCUCUGCCCUGAGCACAGAGGCUGCUAGCUGUACCCAGCGAGGAGAAGAACCAGGUGGGCUGGGGCGGGAGUGGGGGCGCCUGCCUCAGGAAGGAGCUAGCUUAACCUGCACUGUGGUCCCGCAGUGAUCCUAGCUUCAGAGUCAAGAGGCUCACCUGCCGUCUGUUGGAUCUGAACCUGGAUUUACUGCUUUGAGAGAUGAGAAGCACGUUCUCUGGCGGAGCCGCACAGCCAGCAGCCUGCUGAAGAGUGUGAAUGCUGGGCAGCACUGGCACCACCAAGGACACCGAGCCUUUUUCCACUGGCAGACAGCUUACCAGGAGCUUUAUCAAGGAAUCUAUAUUUGGAUUUGAUUAUGAAUUGAGGAGUUUGGAAUCAGCACACUGUGGAAAUCCUAAGCCAACGUUUCUUUUUUUGAUGUAGGAUUUACAAUAUGUCUACCUGACCAUACUCCUUGUGGCUCUGGAGUAAAGAUGAAAAAUGAUUUAAACAAACGUGUAUUCCUUGAUCAAAAAUAACAUGAGUACCUCAACAGUACUUUAGAAUGCUGCUACCUUCAUUGUAUGAGCCGUGUCCUAGCUCUCAAAGAGAUUGACCAAUGAAGCCAUGGGACUCAGCCAGAGCUUUACAAAUGGGGCCUGUGGUAAAGCCCUGGACCAGCCGGUCGGAGAGUGGCUGGAGCACGUGGGGCUGCCGCAGUACGAGAGCAAGUUCCUGCUCAAUGGCUUCGACGACCUACGAUUCAUGGGAAGUAACGUGAUGGAGGACCAGGAUCUCAGAGACAUCGGGAUCACUGACCCAGGACACAGAAAGAAAAUCCUCCAUGCGGCACGCAGCUUGCCUAAGGUAAAAGCACUGGGCUGUGAUGGCAGCACAUCUCUUGUCUCCUGGCUGGAUGGCCUCGGCCUGCAUGAAUAUCUGCCCAACUUUCUUUCAAGUGGCUACCGCACACUGGAGUGUGUCAAGAACCUGUGGGAGCUGGAGAUUGUCAAUGUUAUUAAGAUUGGUCCCCUGGGCCACAGGAAGAGGAUCAUCGCCUCUCUAGCAGAGAGACCCUAUGAAGAGGCGCCAUCGAAGUCCCGCCGUCUGUCCCCAAUUAUGUUCCAUGACCUCCUGUCCCAGACGACAUCUCCACUCAGUCAGAUGGACCCCUACACCAGUCGCUCCAUGGACAUGCUCCUGCCCUUGGCUGAGUCGGACCGGAGGCGGAGAGGAGUUGACCAAGAUGUGUGUAGUGUUUCUCUGCGUUCAUAUAGUGAGAGGCCGCGCUCUGUAGACAGACAGAGUGAACGGCACAAAGAGUCUCGUCUAAACCUCCGGCCGCCAAGCCAUUCUGCUACCUACGCCACGGUGUCCGCCUGGCAUCACCAGCCUGAGAAGCUAAUCCUGGACUCCUGCGGGUACGAGGCAACCUACCUAGGAUCAAUGAUAAUCAGGGAUCUACGAGGGAUUGAGUCCACACAAGAUGCCUGUGCUAAAAUUAGGAAAUCAAAGGACUCCAGAAAGGGUCCGGUCGUCAUACUGUCCAUUACCUAUAGAGGGGUCAAGUUUAUUGAUGCAGCCACGAAGACUAUAGUUGCGGAGCAUGAGAUCAGGAACAUUUCCUGCGCCGCCCAGGACCCAGAUGACCUCUGUACUUUUGCUUACAUUACCAAGGAUCUGAAGAGUGGCCACCACUUCUGUCACGUCUUCAGCACUGUGGAAGUGACGCAGACCUACGAGAUCAUCCUGACACUGGGACAGGCGUUUGAGGUGGCCUAUCAGAUGGCGAUGCAGUCCAGGGCGAGACACUAUGUCCCACCUACAUCUCUGACCUCAGAGGUCAUAGAGACCAAAACCAGCCGUCCUGUAUCUCAGUCGUGGAGCAGCAUGCGGAGAUCAGCAGGUGCCCCUCUGCUCGAAUGCCGCUGCUGUCACUGUCACACGUGUACUACCCACCGUCCUUCCUUCCUCCCGUUGCACUCUGUUAGCCCUGGAGUCCAGAUCGACCCCCUGGAGAUGGACGCAGACAUGCAGUCCCUGGGCAGCACCACCUGGCUCUUGGACCAGCGGGACUCCCACAGGCGCCCCGUCAGCACCAACCUGUCCUGUCUUACCAGGCAUCUACCACUGUGAGGCACUAUGAGGAGGCUGCUUUGCUAGCAUGGGAUGCAAGAUGGACAAUUAAAUCAAUGAAAGACAAAAACAGCAACAUGCAGCAAACAACCUGUUUUGUUUUGUUUUUCUACGCAUUUGUACAAUACUCAUAACAACAC